AGAGAUUUUUGGAAAGAAGUCAGGAAACUUCAUCAUUGUUACUUUCACCAGAGGAGAUGAGCUUGAAGACACAUCCAUUGAAAGUUACAUAAAAGAAGAUUGUGCCGAUUUCGUAAAAACUCUGAUUAAUGACUGUGGAGGCAGAUACCACGUCUUCAACAACAAAGAUCAAACAAACCGUAGACAAGUGACAGACCUGCUGAUCAAAACUGAAGCCAUGUUGAAAGACAAUGAUGGCAGACACUACACCACUGAGAUGUUCCAAGAGGCCGAGGCAGCGAUACAGAAGAAAGUAGAGACGCUGCUGAAAGAGAAAGAUGAAGACAUGAAGAGAGAGAGGGAGGAGCUUAAAAGGAAGCAUGAAGAAGAAAUGCAAAAAAUAAAAAGAGAAAUAGAAGAACAGAUCUCUAAAUUUGAAUCUGAGAAAGAGCAGAGUAGGAUUCAGCUGAAGCAGAUGGAGGACUGCAUUAUCAAGGAGCGAGAGAAAAGAGAGAUAGAAAAGAAAAUCAGAGAAGAUGAAGACAGAAAGAAGACAGAACAGGAAGAAACUCAACGACAACAAUGGAAACAAAGACUGGAAACUUUGGAGAAGCAAAUCGAAUCUGAAUCAAAGGAAGAGCUCAUCAGAGAGCUGGAGCACACCAGAGAAGAAACAAGAAAAGAGAGAGAGGCCUGGGAGAUGGAAAGAAAUGACUGGUGGGAAAAAAGGUAUCAAGAAAAUAUACAGAGACGAGAAGCAGAAGCUAUGAAAAUUAAAAAUCUCAAAGAAAAAUAUGACUUGGAAAGAGAAGUAUAUGAAAGGAAAAUAAAAGAACAUUGCAUUAGAUUAGAGGAGGAGGAAAGGAAGAGAAGAGCAUUAGAGAAAGACUAUAAAACUAAAAUGGAGGAAAUGAAGCAGAAAUAUGAAGAUGAUGCCAGAAAUCAAGCUGAACUGUUCAAUGAUUUCAGAGAGAAAUACACCAGGGACUUUGAAUCACUGAUAGAUAAAUAUAACGAGGAGAUAAGGGAUCUGAAGGAAACAUAUGGAAUAUUGAUGCAAAAGCAACAGGAACACAAGAAUGAGUUUACUCUUUUGCACAAAGUCGCAGACCACAAAGAAGAAAUGCUUAAGAAAGAAAGGGAGGAAAUGCAGAAAAAGCACGAAGACAAAUUAAAACAAUUAAAACAGAAAAGCUGGUGCACCAUUGCCUGAUGAAUUUAAACAACAUAGGACAACACAUGAGGAGUGAUCCGGAUAUCCAUACCAUUGAAUAAAUUUCAAAUAAAAACAAAACACAACAGCUCCAGUUGCUUAAAAAGGACUGUGACUGCAGAAACAGCACUUCCAUGAUUUCUUGAUGAAAAACAGAAAUGUAGUCAGUUCUUUUUAUAUAUUAAAUAUCAUGGUUGGCUUUAUAAAAAAAUAAUUUUAAAAAGAUGAUAAAAGAGGAAGAGACAUGUAACGAGUAAGAGACCAACAGAGACUAUCGUUGUUUUUUAAUUUUGCAAAUUAAUACAGCUCAUUGGCUCUGCAAUGACAAAUAUAGGAGUUUGUCUUUUGUUUUUUUAAAUCCUGUUCUGUCUGUCAGCUUUUUUGCAAUUAUAACUAUGAUCUGAAUGUACUGUUGUGCCAAACAUAUUUUGAUUUUCUAACAUCAGCUUUAUAGGUUCUCAGUAGCCUCGUCUUUUUCAGGUGUUUCUUUUAUCUGUUUAGUUUUUUUUUUUUUUUUCAAUUCGUGUUAUUGUGUUAUAUGCAUUUAGAUAUGUAACCACUCCCUCCAUGACCAUGUUCUACAGGGGCAAAGGCACAUCAAGCCCCAAACCCUGGCCCAGGCAUGCACACACACAGAGGCUCACUCACUCACUCAAACAUACAUAAUGACAUACAGAGACGCACAAAGAAACACAUGUGAUUUUUGACCAUGUCCUUCA